AUGAUUGUGGUGCCAAUGGGCUCCGUGGCGCAGGAUGAGAGGCAGGGGACGACCAACCCCGCAAGUGAUCCAGAGAAGGGCAAAGACGUGGAAGAUCUGACAAAAGGCCUGGAGGAGCUCUGUGAGAGCCCUGAAGAGGAGAAGAGCGAGAAGGCUCUGCUGCAUUCACGCCUAGAAGAACAGCAUCACCUUAUCUGUAUGCUGAAGAAAAAAGCAGACAACGCACACAAACGCUGCAAAGGCCUGGAGCCGCUCACCGCGGAGCUGGAGAAACUGAGGACAGAGGAUGCUGUCACAAUGGAAUCCCAGACCCAACGGAUUCAGCAUUCGGAGGGGCGCUUCACGGGUCUGGCCAACAACCACAAAAAAAUGAUCCAGUUCAAGGACGAACACAGGAAACGGUGUAUGCAGCUGCGGGAGGAGAACACGCGCCUGUGGCAGGAGAAGGCAGCGCUCUCCAGCCACGUCAGGGAGAAGGAAGCUGAAGCGCUCCAGCUCGCUGCCCAGGCCAGAAAGCUCUCGCAGCAGUUGGACUCCUUACAGGAGAAAUGUGAGAGCCGCAGAGCCCAGGAGCGAGAAAAGGAGCUGCUAGAAGGUCAGAGCCAGCAAGCAAGUGCCUACGCCCGGGAAGUCGAUUCACUAAAAAACCAGCUGCAACGCCUACAGGAGAAGCACCAACAAAUUGUUGCGCGGGUAGAGCAGGCAGAAAGUCGGCAGAGGGCUCAGGGCAGCGAGCUGCAGGCCAAGCUGGAGAGAGCGAACGAGGAGAAGGAGCGACUACUGAACCUGGCCAUGGAGAGGGGCAGAGCUCUGCAAGAUAAGGAACGGGAAAUUCAGCAGCUGGGGAAGGAGCUGGAGAGGGCAGAAAAAGCCAGGCAGAGAGCAGGAAAGCGCCUGGUGAAAGAGGUGGCAGCAGUGGACAACAACCUGAAGGCCCGAGAGCUCCAACGACAGCUUGAAAGCAGCAGGCAGGCACACAAUGAACUCUUGCUGCGGUUUGCUGCUCACAGAAAGCACACUACGGAUUUACUGAUGAAAGAAAAAGCGCUGAAUGUCAAACUCCGUCAUUUUAUUCUGUAA